AUGUCACAGGUCUCCCUCACCUCAUCACAACAUAAGAGUGACACAACCCACUCAGAACCCAUCCAGAACUCACCCACAGCCCACUCAGCGCUCAUCCACAAUCCAUCCAGAGCCCAUUCACAAGCCACUCACAGCCCACCCAGAACCCAUCCACAGCACACUCGGCGCCCAGGCACAACCCACCCAGAGUUCACCCGCAACCCACUCAGCGCUCAUCCACAAUCUACCCAGAGUCUAUCCACAACCCACUCAGAACCUACUCAGAGCUCAUCCACAACCCACUCAGAUCCUACUCAGAGCUCAUCCACAACCCACUCAGAGCUCAUCCACAACCCAUUUAGAUCCUACUCAAAGCUCAUCCACAACCCACUCAGAACCUACUCGGAGCUCAUCCACAACCCACUCAGAACCUACUCGGAGUUAAUCCACAACCCACUCAGAACCUACUCGGAGCUCAUCCACAACCCACUCAGAAGUCAUCCACAACCCACUCAGAAGUCAUCCACAACCCACUCAGAAGUCAUCCACAACCCACUCAGAACUCAUCCACAACCCACUCAGAACUCAUCCACAACCCACUCAGAACCUACUCGGAGCUCAUCCAGAACCUACUCAGAUCUCAUCCACAACCCACUCAGAACCUAA